CACUUUCCCCACUCGGCUAAAGUCAAUCUCCACCUCCCGGACUCGUCCCCCACCUAUCCCGCAUGCAUCCACCCUCCGCCGUCCCCAAAUCGGAGUCGAUCCCGGCGAAACCCUAGAAAUCCUCCCGCCAUGAAGGCCGCCAACCCGAAUCCGAAGCACAAGCCAAUGCCUCCACCCGCGGCGGCAGCGGCGGCGCCGCGCAACCCGCAGGCCCCCUCCUCCAGGGCGUCGUCGUCGUCGUCGUCUGCAGCCGACCACAACCCCAACAAGCGCCCCCACCCCGGCAACGCCGCCGCCGCCGCCGCCACCGCCACCAGUGGUGCCGCGCCCGCGGCCCCGGACCCUGCCCCGAGCCUCAACGGGGAGGCCGGCCGGCCCCCUCUGCUCCCCGCGCCGCACCCGCAGGCGCACCCGCCUCCCCGGGGCGCAUCGCCGCUGCUGCCGCCGCCCGUGCCCCUGCCCCCGUCGCGGCCGCUGCUCACCGUGGCCGCGGUGGAGGCCGUGAUGAACGCCAUCCCGCCGCCGCCGCCGUACGGGCUGGAGGACCUCGACCGCCGCACCGUCGCGCUCUCCGACGGCACCGUGCGCACCUACUUCGCGCUCCCGCACGAGCCGCCGCCGCAGCUCCGCCAGCCGCCGCCGCCGAUACCGGCGCACCUCUUGGCCCCACCGCCGCCGCCGCCACCGCUGGUCCCGCUGCGCCCGCCCCUCGAGCGGUGGGCUCCACCGCCCAUGCCUGCGCUUCUGCCCACUGCUGGGCUGCUUCCCAUGCCGGUCCCGAAGCGGAAGUGGGAGGAUCAGGCCAAUGGGGGUGCGCCUGGGCAAUCCUCUGGACGCCAGCAGCAGCAGCAGAAGGCUGAGGCGCGUGCCGUGAAGCAGGUGAAGGUGGAAGAGACGGGGGUGGACCCCAAGGCGCUGAAGAGCUCCUUUCUUAAGAUGGUGAAGCUGAUGAAUGAGAAUGAAGCAGAUAAGAAGAAUUACCGGGCCAAUGGGAAGCUUUCCCAGCUGAAGUGCCCUGUCUGUCAAAGAGAUUCUGUAGAUUUGCACGCGCUCCUCAAUCAUGCAUACCAUGCAAAGAAUGCGGAGCAUCGUGCUGAUCACCUAGGGUUUCACAAAGCAUUAUGUGUUCUUAUGGGUUGGAAUUACUCCGUAGCCCCUGUUCACAAAACCGCUUACCAAGCAUUAUCUACUGCCGCCGCUGAAGCCAAUCAAGGAGAUCUUAUCUUAUGGCCUCCAACAGUGAUAAUUGAAAACACAUACAAGUCAAAGAACGACGGGCAAAAGGAUGUCAUGAGUAAUAAAGAGCUGGAGAGCAAGCUGAGAGAAAUGGGCUUUGCCGUUGUCGAUGUGGAGCCACUGCCUGGGAAGGAUGGGCACAGGUCCAUGCAAGCGAAGUUUCCAGCUAGCCUCGACGGUCUCAACAAAGCAUCUCAGCUUGUUGAGCUAUUCGAACGCCAAGGCCACGGGCGGGCAACUUGGGCUCGCAUCCGUAGCAUCGCCCCCACCGCUGAUGGGGGCAACAACCCCAUGCUGGUGAAGGUAGAUGGCAAGGGGGAGCGGACAUGGGUCCUCUAUGGCUACCUAGCCACGGCAUGGGACCUGGACAUGCUUGACCCCGAGUCAAAGCAGAGUGUGACUGUAAAGAGCAGAAAGGAGCUCGAUUUAGACUAGGAGAACCUGACCCUGAUAGAGCCGUGUAUGUUACAGAUAAAUUGUGAAUCCAUAGGAUGACUGGUUCGGUUUGAGAAAUUCUUUGUUGAGUAAUCAGUUUCGAUUGAUAUGGAAGGCAAAUAACGGUUCUCUUCCAUGUAAAUUUUGAUUUUUGGGUUGUGAAAGAGUCCAUUACAUUGCUACAAACCUGCAAUUGUAGCAUUGUAUGACUAGGCAAUUUUUUUCAGCAGCUAGAACUUUGUGCCUUUUA